AUGCUUGGCGCGCACAGCUUCGCCGGCAGGCGCAGGACUAUCUACUUGUGCCUCGCUUUCGCCGCGGCUGGCGUUUGCUUCGUGAACUUGAUUUUCUUGACUCGCGGGAUCGAUCAUACCGUCAUUGACCUCCCCGGUCUCAACCUGUUGCGCCCGGAACACAAACAAAUUGAGGGCACCUAUGCACAAGAUCAACAUCCUAUCGCGGGUUUGAUGAAAGAGGCCGACCAGCAAUGGCGCCAGUACGAUGAAAGUCGCUCGACUAGUUUCCGCGAAACCGUGGCCAAAUACCGCAAAACGUACGGACGCCAUCCCCCGCCCGGCUUCAAGGAAUGGUACGAGUUUGCGCGCACCAAGGACGUCUACAAUGUCGACGACUUCCAGCAAAUCACAGGAGAUCUACGUCCUUUCUGGGCUGUUCCUCCGCAGGAAAUUCGAAAGAUGGCCGCAAAGCUGCAAUUGAGCGAUGGAAUCGCCGGAGUGCGCCUUCGGGACCACGAGAUUGUAUCGCAUACUGAAGGCUGGCGUGUGGAAACACUUGCGCGCUCGAUUGGACGGAUCGCAAAGUAUUUGCCCGAUAUGGAUAUCGCGAUGAACACUAUGGACCAGCCCCGUGUCAUGGUUACGUAUGAAGAUAUCCAAAAUUAUUUGAAGAUUGAAGAAAGUACGAGAGGAAUGCCCUUGGAUGCUGCGGACAAGUUUACCAAAGAUAUGGAUUCCUACUGGAACAACGAGAGUAGCAGUGUCUACGACGAUAUGGAUCCGGGAUGGUUCUCCGUUGCUGGAAAGCCAUAUACCGACUCCUCCAAGGAGGCCUGUCCGCCCGAGUCUCCGGCAAAUGCCAACAUGACCGUUGAAGAGGCAGACAAAUUGUAUAAAACAUCCUUUGGUGGUUUUGUCUCCAAUUUUACCGGUUCCUCAGAUCUCUGCAACGUGGGGCCUGUCCUCGGCGACCAGCAUGGCUUCCUCUUCUCGGCUUCCAGUAACACCAUCACGAGAAAGCUGAUCCCAGUGUUCAGCGAAUGCAAGGUCAGCGUGAACAACGACAUAUUGUUCCCUGCAAACAUGUAUUUCCUGAAGGACGAGCGCUAUGUAUACAACUCGAAGCACGACUGGGAAUGGGAAGACAAGACCGACUCGAUGCUUUGGCGUGGCGUGACCUCGGGUGGAAUCCAAGUCGAAGACAACUGGGACCGCUUGCAUCGCCAGCGCUUUGUGAAGGCCACCAACGCCACCGAAAUGGAGUCGAAGAGUGUCUCCAUUCUUUCCAAAAACAACAAAGAGCCGUAUGAGCUUAUCUCCGACUAUAACCCCUCCGAGUUUGCCUCUUCGUAUUUCGAUGUCGGCUUCACGGAGGCCUGGGGCUGUAUCCCCAACUGUUCCUUUUACGACGGUGUAUGGACCUAUAAGGAGCCCAAACAAUUCCCCGAACAGUUCAAGGCGAAGUACCUGGCCGAUAUUGAUGGCCACAGUUUCUCUGGCCGCUGGCGCGCCUUCCACCAGAGCAAGUCAUUGGGACUAAAGGCCACCAUCUUCCGCGAAUGGCACGACUCCAGACUCUUCGCCUGGCGCCACUUCGUCCCCAUGGACAACCGGUUCACCGAUCUAUACGCCCUGAUGACCUAUUUCAUCGGAGUCCACCCCUCUGCAUCGGAAGACGCAUUCCCAACCCAUGGGCCUUACGUCCCUCGCCAUGAUUUUGAGGCCGAGGUAAUCGCAGCCCAGAGCCGCGAAUGGGCACAGGCUGCGUUGCGUGACGAGGACCUGGACAUCUACCUACAUCUCCUCCUCCUCGAGUAUGGGCGUAUAAUCGAUGACAACCGCGAUAAUAUUGGGUACAGCAGCGAUGGAAGCGAGCUGGACCAUUUUGACGAGAGCCAUCCAUUCCCGCCGCCCCUGGAACCUCUUGUGGUAUAA